AUGAAAAAGCAAAAGCAGGCGGCUGAAACAGAGGAGACUCUGUCCGCAGCCAUUGACGACAGAAUAUCCCAUCUGCCAAGAAUUAUACUUCAUCACAUUCUCUGUUUCCUCUCCCAGAAAGAAGCUGUGAGAACUUGCCUACUCUCCAAACAAUGGCGCCACAUAGGAACAACCCGUCCCAACCUCGAAUUCUUCGACAUAUGGUUCGACGACACACAAGAAAGGUUUGUCCCCGUACUCAACCUCGAAUUCUUCAACAAAUGGUUCGACGACACACAAGAAAGGUUUAUCUCCGUACUCGACCGAACCCUACAAGGGUACCUUGAUCAAAACCUCUCCAUACACAAACUCCAUCUCCACUUAUGGAUCCACGACUCACGACGGGUCAUCUCCCUUCUCCACCAAUGGAUCCCGACAAUAGCCGCCCUCAACAUAAAAGCGUUCAAACUCCACUUUCAUUCAUUUUUUCCGGCAUAUUACGACCUGCCCUCGACAGUCUUCUUAGCCGAGUCCCUCGAAGAACUACACCUGUGCGAUUGCAAGCUGAGCCCGGUCGAGGGCGUGCGGUUCAAACAUCUGCACACACUCACCCUCGAACGGGUCCAAGUUGAUGGCGGGACUUUGGGGACAAAAACGUUGGAAUGCCCUUUGCUCAGGCGCCUGGUCCUUAAUAUUUGUUGGGAGUUGAGAAACGUUUGGUUGAGUGACGCGCCUGGGCUCAAGCACUUUGUAUUGUCUGAUUAUGAGAGGAUCGAAGGGCGUAUGAUCGAAAUCGAUGUCCCGAAUAUCGAGACAAUCUUUAUCAAUGGCUUAUGGAUUUGGUCUCACCACCGAAGCCCAUUGUUGUUUUCUCGUCUUACGAGUUUGCAUCUCCGUAACGUGAUCCUGUCGAGCGAGUCAAUCGACAUGUUAUCAUUCGGCUGCCCGAUUCUUGAGAGCUUGGCCCUACUUAAUUGCUCCGGUUUUGAGGAAUUCCAUCUUGCAAGUGAUUCGGUCAAGUUCUUGCGCCUCUCGAUAAGAGAUAUACUGGUUAAAGGAGUUACGAUUUGUGCCCCAAACAUUCUCAAUUUUAUGAUCAUUGCCUGUAUUCCCCAGGCGCUGGACACAUUCUCUUUCACGACCACUACUUCCAAGGAGUGGGAUUCAUAUGUAAUCCUCUAUUUGUGUGAGGAUGAUCCCUAUUUCAACGUCAAUUCAUGGUUCAUUAGACGAAUGCUCGAGCCACUAAGUGGGUCUCGGAUUGAUCUGACUCUGCACAUGAACUGCGGUCGUGGUCUGGGCGUGCCAUGUGGUGCUGUUGACGACAGUCAUCUUCUAUGUGACGAGCCGCCUUUGGUGGUAGAGAACUUGGAAUUUGGAAAUGGUAAAUGGCGCACGCAAUCUUGGUACUUGGAUUUUACGAAGGAUUUGUUUCGUGUUUGUCGACCGAGGCACGUAUGGGAUCGUAGGCCCAUGAGCAAUUCGGGGGUGGCCAGGAACCGGAGGCUCUCAGACUUUCAGUUCAACAUCUUGCUUGCAAGCAUGAGCCUUGGGACCUUUUGGCGGCACGAUCUAGAGCAAGUGCAUGUGAAAACCGUCGAUGGGGAAAAAUGGCAGCUCGUGGAGUGGACGGACCUUUCAGAAUUGCAAAACGGGACGUAUGAUGGGGUAAUAUGCGUUAAGUUGAAAUGGAGAGGUCAGAAUUGCGAAACAGGACGUAUGGACGAACCUUUCCGGUUUUCUUUCAGUCCAGGCCUAGGCCUAUAUUCUUUCAUUUCAGGAUUAUCUUAUAAAAUAGAAUAG